AUGACCUGGCCCUACCGCAUCUACUUCAACCACACCACUGCCGAAAAAGACCAAAGACGUAUACUCCUCGACCGUUAUGGACUCUACGCCCAACUUUCCAUCCUGAUCCCCAUCAUUUUGUAUAAUCUCUACCGUUUAGCAAUAUGGGUAUACUUUGAACGACAGCGAUCAAAAGUUGAUUACUCGGCUCUCCCCAGUUCUCCUGCUUUGAAGAAGAGGAGGAGUUCGAAGAGGGCGACGUGGGCAAGGAAGGGUAGAAGUUUAGCUUGGUGGUUAGCAGGGGAUGCGAAGAGCGGGUGGGGGAAGAGGGGUCAUUGGAUUGUUGCGGGGUUGUGGGGGGCUUGGUUGGCGUUUUUGUGUGUGCAUAGGACGGGUGAUGAUUAUUUCCAUAUAACCAAACGAUUUGGUAUAGUUGCGGCAUCACAACUUCCUGCUCAUUAUGCACUAUCCAUGAAGUCUUUAUAUUCACCACUUUCCGUAUUAUUCGGAUCAUCCCAUGAGCAGCUCAACACAUGGCACCGAAUAUCCGGUCGAGUCAUUUGGGCUCUUUUACUUUGCCACGCAAGCUGGUAUUUGAAUGCUUUUAUCCAAAUUGGAAAUUUAUCCGAGAAACUCACAACACCUAUAAUCAUCUUCGGGGUAGUUUCUUUCCAACUUAUCAACCUCCUCAUUAUCACAAGUUCAAAAGCUGUUCGUCGCUGGUCUUAUCGGGUAUUUUUUAUCAUUCACGUUUUUGUCGCCAUCACCAUAAUUCCUCUUCUAUUCUUCCAUGCUGCUCCUAUUCGCAUUUACAUAAUCGAAGCAAUCGCUCUUUUCCUAAUCGAUAUUGGCAUUCGCAAAUUUACUACUUUUACAGCUUUCGCUACCGUUCGAUCAGUGCCAAAAACUUCUCUGCUUGAAAUCACUAUUCCAGUUACUGAUUCCAAAAUUUCUCAAUUCCAAUACGCACCAGGUCAACAUGUCUAUCUGUCUAUUCCUCCAUCUUCCGUUCCUACAUCCGCCAAGUAUAACCGCCAUCUUCAUGAAUUUCUCUAUAAUCCAUUUACUAUCGCUUCCGUUACAGAUACACCAUCACCACAAAUCACCCUGACUCUGCGCACCCUCAAUGGCCCCACAACAUCUGCACUCUCCUCCUUGUCCCACCUCAGCAAAGCCCGCCCACCACUCAACAUCGAAGGACCGUACGGAACCUCCCGCAAAUUCCCCAACCUAGCCGAAAAAUUCGACAGAAUCUUACUCGUAGCCGGCGGCGUCGGCGCCACCUUUAUCCUCCCCAUCUACCGCGCCGCAAAAGAAGCAAUGGAAAACGAAGGCCGACAAAAUUCCACCGUAAGAAUGAUCUGGGUCAUGCGAGACGCUGCAGAAUCCUCCUGGGCACUAUCCCCACCAACCCAAACCUCCUCCGAAGAUGUUGACGAAGAACUUAAAUUCGAAAAUUCAAAUGAUGCAGAUAUAGAACUAUACAUUACCUCCCCGCAAACCUCUCACUCAACCGCUACUUCCCCUUCUUCUUCCAGUCCCCCUCAUACAUCAACAUCAACAUCAACAUCCACAUCUACCCACGAACCAAACAAUAUAGAAAUGCACACCCUCUCAACCCCCUCACUCCCCACACCGAAAAAAUACUCACGACCCGAUUUACGCGCGAUAGUCGACGAGACAUUUACACAGGGUCUUGAAGAACGCGUCGCGGUCUUGGUUUGUGGUCCCCCUGGUAUGGCGGAGGAGUUGAGGUCGUAUGUGGGGAUGUGGGUAAUGAGGGGGAGGAAUGUGUGGUGGCAUGAUGAAGGGUUUGGUUGGUAG